AUGGAUAAGGAAUAUAGAGAUGAAUUGCCUUCUAGUAGUAAAUGGGUUACCGAAAAUUUUGUCUUAGGAGAUAUUUUAGGAUCAGGUACUUUUGGAAAAGUUUAUACUGUUGAAUGUAGGAAAAAGCCAAACACCUUAUAUGCUUUGAAAGAAAUUUCCAGAGGUUCCUUACCUCGUUAUAUUGCUUCAGAAUUGAAGAUUAUGAAACAACUUGGAGGGUCGCAUAAUGUUAUGAAUGUUCAUGCUGCUUUCCGUGAAAAAGAUCGAGUCUUCAUUAUCAUGGAUCACUUUCCACACGACUCACUAACGGUACAGCCAACAAUCCCAUCACGCACUAUAUUCCUCUCUAAUGCCAAGUUUCAGACAUUGCUUGGAAGUAUGACUGAGUCCGAGAAAAUUGAUUACAUGAAAAACCUUUUUAUAUCACUCGACUUCUUACAUAAAAAUAAUAUAAUUCAUCGGGAUGUUAAACCGGCAAAUUUCUUGUAUAACAGACGAGCUAGGAAAUUCGCUUUAAUUGAUUUUGGUCUAUCUCAAGCAUAUGAGCCUAAACCUAUGAUAUCUAACCGUGAAAAUUCAAUUAGAAACGUCCUAUCUCCGAGGAAGAGAGCUUCCAAGUGCUUAGCACUUUCAGACCAAGGCGACGAUUUCGACACUAAAAAACGAAAGUUGACUUGUGAUUGCACUGGUGUCUCCCAGGUUUGUCAUCAUUGCGUCCAUCGGCCGAAUAAGACAGUUAAUAAGGCUGGAACUCCUGGCUAUCGUGCUCCGGAAAUUUUGCUCAAAUUUGAUAAUUGUUUUCAAACUCCAGCUAUUGAUAUCUGGGCUGCUGGAAUAACCUUGAUGGGUCUGCUCUUUCGGAGGAAUCCCGUGUUCCGACCUGCUGAUGACUUCGAAGCUAUUGCUCAGCUUUGCCAAGUUUUCGGAAGCGCUCCAUUGGAAGAAGCUGCGCGUUUGCGGGGGACAACACUGAUUAUGCAACCAAGUUGUCCGGGGGUAGAUUUAGCUAAGCUAAUGAAAGCUGUAAGACCGGGUAUAGAAGUUUUGGAUGGUCCGGGUGAUAGAUGCAACACAUGUGCUAAAAUGUUUUUCGAGAAUGUCAAGGGUAGAUGUUUAUGCAAGUCGGGAGAACCAUGCUCAUUAGAAGGUUUGAAUGAAGAAGAGCGUUUAUUGAUAGAUAUACUCAUACAUUGCUUACAAGUAGAUCCGGUGAAUAGGUUUAGGGCUGAUAUGAUUUUGGAUUUAAUCGAAAUGAGACGGUUCUGA